CCCCACGCCUCGCCGCCCGCGCUGCUACCGCGGCCCCGCGCUCCUCUCGCCGCCAGCGGCCCCGGACCUGCCCCUUGCCGUGCCCGGACCCGACUAGCUACCUGCCUCGCCGCGGAAGGACCUGGUUUUCUUGCCCCAGGAGGAUGGAGGUCCUGCAGCUCCUGCGCCUGCUCCUUACUGCCUGCAUGCUGGGCCUCUCCCAGACAGUGAACCCCUUCGUGGCCCAGCAGACUCCCCCGGACCCUUGCUAUGAUGAGAAUGGUGCUCCUCGCCGCUGCAUCCCUGAGUUUGUCAACGCUGCCUUCGGGAAGGAGGUGCAGGCCUCCAGCACAUGCGGGAAGCCCCCAACACGGCACUGCAAUGCCUCAGAUCCCCGCAAAGCCCACCCACCAGCCUACCUCACUGACCUCAACACUGCCUCCAACAUGACGUGCUGGCGCUCGGAGACCCUGCACCACUCGCCCCAGAAUGUCACCCUCACCCUCUCCCUUGGCAAGAAGUUUGAGGUGGUAUAUGUCAGUCUCCAGUUCUGCUCGCCCCGUCCCGAGUCCACCGCCAUCUUCAAGUCCAUGGAUUAUGGCAAGACAUGGGUGCCAUACCAGUACUACUCCUCCCAGUGUCGCAAGAUCUAUGGCAAGCCCAACAAAGCCACUGUCACCAAACAGAACGAGCAGGAGGCCCUCUGCACCGAUGGCCUCACUGACCUCUACCCCCUCACUGGGGGCCUCAUCGCCUUCAGCACCCUUGAUGGGCGGCCCUCUGCCCAAGACUUUGACAACAGCCCUGUGCUCCAGGACUGGGUGACGGCAACUGACAUCCGGAUCAUUUUCAGUCGCCCUCAUCUCUUCCGUGACCUGGGGAGUCGUGACAACGAAGAGGAGGAUGGAGGCACUGGCUCGUCACCCUAUUAUUAUGCAGUGGGCGAGCUGCAGGUCGGUGGGCGCUGCAAGUGCAAUGGGCACGCAUCACGCUGUGUGAAGGACAAGGAGCAGAAGCUGGUGUGCGACUGCAAGCACAACACGGAGGGCCCUGAGUGUGACCGCUGUAAGCCCUUCCACUAUGACCGCCCCUGGCAGCGGGCCAACGCCAGGGAGGCCAACGAGUGUCUCGCCUGCAACUGCAACCUGCACGCCAGGCUGGAGCUCUACAAGCUCGCGGGCAGUAAGAGCGGAGGAGUUUGCCUCAACUGCCGGCAUAAUACCGCAGGACGGCACUGCCAUUACUGCAAGGAGGGCUUCUACCGGGACCUGAGCAAGUCCAUCACUGAUCGCAAGGCCUGCAAAGCCUGCGACUGCCACCCAGUUGGGGCAGCUGGUAAAACCUGCAACCAGACCACCGGACAGUGUCCAUGCAAAGACGGUGUGACGGGCCUCACGUGCAACCGCUGUGCCAAGGGCUACCAGCAAAGCCGCUCACCGGUGGCCCCCUGCAUCAAGAUCCCUGCCAUCAACCCAACCUCCCUCAUCACCAGCACUGAAGCACCUGCAGACUGUGACUCGUACUGCAAACCAGCCAAAGGCAACUACAAGAUUAAUAUGAAAAAGUACUGCAAAAAGGACUAUGUGGUCCAAGUGAACAUCUUAGAAAUGGAGACGGUGGCCAACUGGGCCAAGUUCACCAUAAAUAUCCUCUCUGUCUACAAGUGUCGUGACGAGCGGGUCAAGCGCGGUGACAACUUCCUGUGGAUUCACAUGAAAGACCUGUCCUGCAAGUGUCCCAAGAUCCAGAUCAGCAAGAAGUACUUGGUCAUGGGGAUCAGUGAAAACUCCACUGAUCGGCCAGGACUGAUGGCCGAUAAGAACAGCCUGGUCAUUCAGUGGAGGGAUGCUUGGACUCGUCGUCUUCGGAAAUUGCAACGGCGGGAGAAGAAAGGAAAGUGUGUGAAACCAUGAGGAGUUUCACAUCUGUCCCUUACCUAAGCCCCCAACCCUGCCUGUGCGCGCUGCCUAGACUGCUCCCAGAGACUCUGUAUAUACACAUAGUAUGAACGGACUCUUCUGUCUAUAGUGUAUAUUUUGGCAAUGAUAUUCCUUGUGUGUGUGUGUAUGUGUGUGUGUGUGUGUGUGUGUGCACAUUUGAGUGUGUGUUUGGGUCUUUUUCUAUUAAUAUGUAUUAAAAAUAACGCAGUAACGACAAACCUUUAAUGAGGAGCAAAAUGGAGAGAGAUCCUCUUGGUGCCUGUUGCCUGAAGGAGCUCUAAGGGGGUUGGUUUCCUUCUCCAGGUAUGCUGUUCAUAGCUUUCAUUUUCUAGUCUUCUUUUGCCCUUCAACAAAAUCUUUUUCUGCCCAGUGUUGAUGUCUGAGUUGACAGCUCUCCAUUUCCAGCAUCCAGGGCCUGCCUCUUUGAUACUCUCUGAAAGUGGGCUGUCUUUAGUUCUCUAUGCCCUUUUUUCUUGCCCAAUAGAAAUAUGAGGUCAGUUUCUUCUCUUCAUCCCAGUAUACAUGUGGACUAGCUCAAUGGAAGCCAUCCAGUAGUGGAGAGAUAUCAGCCCCAGGAGCUCCACUAGGAAGAACCAAAUGAACUUUUGCAAAACCUGAUUCACUGGUGACCUCAGCUUUACAUGGACCCAGUGCCCUAGCCUGGGGUAGAACCACUGUGCUGGUGGAAGGAUCAUGGUGAGGAGUCCGGCCCUGGCAGCCAAGUUGGUGACCACUGGCAAGCAGAGAUGAGUUCCCCAAGGAGACAGGAGUGGACUCCACA